UGAGAGUCCGAACAGGUCAUGCGAUGACGACUCACGCGAGCUUGGCAGCGAGCCCUUAUUCCUCGCGCAUCCGUCAACACACCCACUCAGCCUCGAAUGGGACCUCGAAUGGUGGCCAUUUUGCCGGGAAAAGGUGACAAAAAUCGUCUCCGCAUCCUCAUCAAAAGACUGGGUUUCCCAUGCUGAGGAAGCGGGUCAGGCAUCCUUUGACAUUCAUUUCUUGCAUCUGCCCAAGAUAUUUCGAGCUCUUGCUGCAUGUUAUCCGAGUCUCGGCUGCAUUGACCAGAUGCUUAAAUCAAGAUGCCCCUGCCAAAGUUCUCGAAUGAGGGGCAAAAUCAUGUCAACAAGACGUUCUGUUUGGUGAAAAUGACGUUCCAUCCGAUCCUAAGUUUAGUAUCUUGGCUGUUGGCUUGCUCCGCCUCUGGGUAACCCACAUGGAUCGCCAUUAUUGAGAUAGCGCCUCAAGGCUGAGCAGCAUAUGCGCGUCUCUCUUCAGCCCAAGGCAACUCAGGUACCAUAAGUAGUUUGGGUUUUAAAUAAGAGACCGAGGUGCCACUGUCCAUUUCCAUUCCGCCAGCACUUCCGUACAUACUCCGUUUGUACAAAACCCAUCAUUUCCCCUCCGUCACCCCGCAAUAUCCAUACAAAUUUAACAUCACGUCACCAUAGUCAUACGCACCAUGUCUUACCAAGGUUACGGUGCUCCCUACGGCCAACCGCCGCCUCCACAAGGUUAUGGUCAAUAUCCCCCACCACAGCAGCCGUAUGGUGGUUAUCAACAGCCUCCUCCUGGACAAUAUCCUCCUCAGCAAGGCGGGUAUCAGCAACCUCACGGCCACUAUCCUCCUCCCGGAGGUCCUCCCCAAUCUCAGCAACCUUACGGCGGAUACCAGCAGCAACCUCCUCCUCCACAACAUUACGGCGCACCUCCAGGACCUCCACAGGGCCAUUAUGGCGCGCCUCCUCCUCACCAGCAACAUCAUCAACCCUACGGCCAACCUUCACCUGCGCCGCCCAGUCAGUACGGCGCGCCUCCGCCUCAACAAUAUGGUGCGCCGCCAGUCCAACCGACUCCACCCUCGCUUGGCUACGGACCGCCUCAGAUCAUCCAAUGGAAUGGCGGCCCCGACGCUGACGCUUUGCGCAAAGCGAUGAAGGGCUUUGGUACUGAUGAGAAAGCAUUGAUCGCCAUUUUGGCCAAUAAGGACCCUCUGCAAGUUGAUACGAUCCGCGCUGCUUACGAGCGCAACCAUCGUCGCAAACUAGUCUCUGAUAUUCAGAGUGAGACAAGUUCAUGGUUCCAGAAGGCUUUGGUCUCACUGGCCCGCGGCCCGCUCCUGUCUGACGUGCAUGCCUUGCAUGACGCCAUGUCUGGACCUGGAACUAAAGAGGUUGUUCUCAACGAUGUUCUGCUUGGUCGAUCAAAUGCAGAUCUCAAGGCAAUCAAGAGCGCGUACUAUCAAACCUUCCACGACAAGCUCGAGGAUGUAGUGAAGGGCGAUUUGAGCAUGAAGACUGAGCGACACUUCAUGAUUGUUCUCGGCGCUACGAGAGCUGAGGACGCUGCGCCGGUCGACCCUCGACAGGUUGAUGACGAUGUCAUGCAGAUCUAUAAGGCUACCGAGGGCAAGAUGGGCACCGACGAGAUUCUAGUAUGCAGCAUUCUCAGCACAAGGAACGAUAAUCAGAUUCGCGCCAUUGCGCACACCUACAAGCAGAAGUUUAACAAGGACCUUGAAAAGGUUAUCAAGAGCGAAUUUUCUGGCCACAUGGAGGAUGCUCUCCUUUUCCAGCUACGCAAUGCCACAGACAAGUACAUGCAUGCAGCCAAGCUUCUUGAGGAUUCAAUGGCUGGUAUGGGAACAAAGGAUCAUCUCCUGGUUUCAAGAACAAUCCGCUACCAUUGGGAUCGAAACACGCUCAACAACGUCAAGGGUGCAUACCAACAAAGAUACGGUAAGAGUCUCGGCAAACGGAUUUACGGCGAGACAUCGGGUGACUAUCGAAAAACACUGCUCGCAGCAAUUGGUGAGCCUUAUUAAGAGGUGGAGUAGACGAAAAGACAAAUGAGAGGGCAGAUUUCGCGAUUAGAAGGAUAUGAUAUGGAUUCGAGUCGGGCUUCACAGCCUCUCACGGCCGAUGCUCAAUGUAAUGAGGGGCGUUUGCUAUGACGAUGCGUUGUCUUGAAAUUGUAUGGCUACAGGACCUGUAGAGAAUGAGAUUAAGAUACCAGGUAUGAAUUAAGACUUAUAUUCACUGUUAAUGCGUUUAGAAAGUAAAUCAUAUAACCUUAGGUGUCAAUAUUAAAGCAUAUUUCUAAUUAAUACGAUACUAGUAAUAUAUAAGCUAUAUAAAAG